AUGUAAACAAAUUAAAAUACCGCAACUAAUUAAUUGCUUUAAAAUAAAAAAGAAUUGUUUCACAUUCAACUAAGAAAGGAGAAGAGAGAAGAAAUAUUCAAAUCAAAAAGAAUCAUUUAAAAAUAAAAUGAAACACCUGAACAAAUCUAAUUAAAUCCUGAGGUAAGAAAAUACUAAUUGAAUUAAGUAAUUAGAUUAGUACAUCACAGAGUUGAUGAAGGAUUGUAUUGAUAUCUACAGAAACAGAUUGCCUGAUGAUUUUGAAAAGAUGCUUAAUAAUUUAAUGAAAUUGAGAAAAUUAUAGCAUUUGGAUUAGAGAGGAGAAACAUUCAGUCUUUGUUUAUUUAAGAAUGAUUUCAUUGAGUAAUAAGAUUAUAUAAAGUAGAUAUAUCCUUGUUCUAUUAAAUGAGCAUUUUGAUCAUGCAUCUUAAUUAUAGGCGGAAGGAGCUACAAUUUUAGCUAAUUUUUUUGGUAUAAUGGAUAAAAAUUCAAGAUUAUACUUUUCUUCAUAUUUACCUAUGUUGAAUGUUUUAAGUGAUGUAAUAACGAAGAAUUUUGGGAGAUUACUAAUUUCUAAGAAUGCUUCUUUAGUUGAUUCAGUAUGUUUGAAUUUAUAUUUUAGUGUUUGUAUGCUUUAGGGAAUGCAUUCUAUGACUAAUAAAUUUUAGUUCAAAAAUUCAAAUAGCAUUUUGGUUUGAAGCAUUUAUUAUAAGUUUCUUUACAUUUAAAUACAGUAGUAUGGGUGUUAGAUACUUUAACAGGAAACAGAGAAUUUCUUAACAAAGAAGAAUUAGAACUAUCCUUAUAGAUUCUUGAUAAACAAUUAUAAUCAACAGAUGUUGAAAAUUUCAUUCAUAGUUUAAGUGCAUUGAGAAAUAUCAGUUAAUAUUAAAUAGAUGCAAUACCUUUGAUAAUUAAUUUGGUUUCUUUUCCUAAAAUUAUUGAGAUAGUCUAAUAGAAAUAAGAUUUGAUACAUCUACAUUCUACUUCAUUAGAAAUUAUUUUUGCAUUGAGCACAAUGAAUGAUUAGUAGUUAAUAAAGAUUUUAGAUAAGAAAUAUAAUUUAAUAGACAUUUAUGUUACAUACCUAUCCUCUUAUGAGAAGGAAUAUAGAUUGAAAUCAAUGUUGUCUUUGACUUAUUUAUGUAAUUUGAAUGAGAGUUUUGCGAUACAAAUAUCUUAUAUUCCUUAUGUGAUUGAAAAGAUAAUUUCAAUAACUAUUUAGACAGAGCAAUAGUAGAUAUUAAAUGGAGUUAACUUGAUAUACAGUAUGUUAUAAUAUGAAAAGAUUGAGAUGAAUCAAAUAUUUAUGAACCAUAAGAUUUUAAGUUUAAUAUCACGUAUUUUGGAAUACUUAAAUAAUGAAAUCCUUAUAGCAACUUUGAAAUCUUUAUGGAUUCUAUUGCAAUCAAUAGAUUAUUAUAAAGUAUCUCUAUCUAUUCCAGGAGAUGANUGA